AUGAGUGAAUUGAAAGGACAAACUGUACCAAAGAGGGACCAGUCAAAAUCGAGGGAGAAGAGAAAAGACAGCCAUUUGGAUAUUGGUCAUGAAACUAACAAUGAGAGGCCCAAAUCUCCAAGGGAUAGAGCCAAACCUGUGGUGAUAUCACAUAGUGAUCAACAAGGGCCACCUCUGGAUUUUUCUUUUAAAAAUAUUGAGACAAUUGAGGCUUUGAAAACAGAAAAACCUAGAAAAGGUAACAAAAACUAUAAAAAAACAAAGGAUGGAAAAUACUCCUGUUCUUCUCUGAGGCUAAAUAACAACUAUCUUGAAAACAUAAGUGGAAUUCAUUCAGUAUGUCUUGAAAUACUUGAAGCACCAGAGAAGCUGACCUGGCUUGACCUUUCUUUUAAUCGCUUAACCUCAAUCCCAGCUGAGAUAUCAACACUUUGCUCUCUGAAAAUCAUAUAUCUUCAUGGAAACCAUCUUGUAGACCUACCAGCAGUUUUGCGACCGCUAAAGAUGCUGGAUGGGCUCUAUUCGCUAACACUUCAUGGGAAUCCUGUUGAGGAGAGAGAAAAUUAUAGGUACAAAAUUAUGGCUCAUCUUCCUCAUUUGAAAACACUUGACUUCAAUAAAAUAACUCUUGCAGACCGUAAGAAAGCUGAAGGCAUGAAGAAAAAACAUUAA